AUGGAGAGAAGUAAAGCCGUCCAUACUGCCGUCUCUCUACUGCUGCUGAUAUUCUCAGUGUCGGGAUGUCAUGGCGCUACCCGUCCGCACGUCAUCUUUAUUGUGGCAGAUGAUUUAGGCUGGAAUGAUGUCAGCUGGCACAACCCGCAGAUAAUCUCGCCAAAUCUCGAUCGUCUUGCCCGAAACGGCGUGAUUCUUAACUCUUCCUACGUUCAACCAAAUUGUUCACCGUCCCGGAGCUGUUUCAUGUCCGGCAAAUAUCCUUAUCAUACAGGUUUUCAGAACGGCAUAAUCCCACAUCUUUCACCUCGAGGCAUGCCUCUCUCUGUAACAACGUUACCUCAGAAACUGAAGGAAGUCGGCUACAGCACCCAUAUGGUGGGAAAAUGGCAUCUGGGAUUUUGUAACUGGAAGUACGUACCGACGUUCCGAGGGUUCGAUUCUUUUCUCGGUUACUAUGGGGGCGCGGAGGACUACUACACUCACACCAGCGGCCCUGGCUAUGACUUUCGCCUUAAUGACAAAUUCUACACAUUCCUUAAUGACAAAGUUUACACAUUUCCCAGGGGAUCAUACUCCACGAAUGUUUUUGGACAAAGAGCAGUGGAUAUAAUUAACAACCACAACCCGGCCACGCCAUUGUUUCUCUACCUGCCCUUCCAAGCCGUCCACGCACCAUUGCAGGUGCCCAAGAAAUACGAAAAUAUGUACGCACAUAUCCACAAUUACAAGAGACGAGUAUUCAGUGGAAUGGUUACUGCCAUGGAUGAGGCUGUGGGAAACAUCACCAGAGCUCUUGAGUCGACGGGCUUGAUGGAAAAUAGCGUUAUCAUUUUCACAACUGAUAACGGCGGCCCGAUUGUUGGAGGAGCAAACAACUUUCCGCUGAGAGGUGAAAAGAAGACUUUAUGGGAAGGUGGCACUAAGGGGUCAGCUUUUGUCUACAGCAAGAAUUUCAUGAAAAAAACCCAUUAUACAAACACAGAAAUGAUUCAUGCUGUCGACUGGUUUCCUACAAUUUUACAUCUUGCUGGUGGAACACCGGACCCAACCAUAGACGGAGUGAACCAAUGGGCUACUGUGAGUGAAGGGGCACCGUCGGCUCGGAAUGAGUUUGUGUACAACAUCAACGACAUUGAACACAACGCCGCUAUAAGGGUUGGUAAAUACAAACUCAUCAAAGGGUCGGCAGGUAGGUAUAACGGAUGGUACCGUCCCCCUACAAAACAUAGCGAUCUGAAGAUGGACACAUUCCAGUAUAAUUACAGAUUGUACGACAUUGAAGCUGAUCCCACGGAACAUUUUGACCUAGCCAGCCAACUUCCGCAAGUAGUCUCCAUGAUGCGGGACAGGUUGGAGAAUUACCGGAAGAGCAUGGUUCCUGCAGGCGAUCUACCAGAUGAUCCGGCAGGUAACCCGAAAAACUUUGGCGGGGUCUGGAGUCCAGGAUGGUGCUGACGACUAACAUCAAUUAAGUUUGUACCGUUGUAAAAUAGUCGUUAAACCCUUGGGCUAUACUACUAUAAGACAUUGUGUAAUCGCACGUCACUGCACGCCUGAUUAAUUUGUUGGUUGUAUUGUAAAUGUUUUGUCGUUGUUAUAUAUUCUUUAGUGCUUUUGCUGGAAGCUGUCUUCCUUUCAUGCAGAGUCUUGAGUGCUUCAUUUAUUAUUUAAACGGC